AUCUGCGAGGGUUAGGGUUAGAGGUUAGGGUUUAGGGUUAGAGCUCUUUUGUGACGCUCACAGCGAGGGUAGAGUUUUAAAGCGUCCAGUUUAGCUGGAUGCAACCCGGCCAAUGACAGAAAGAGUAGGGCGGGUCUUGGCGUGGCCAUAGUAGGAGACGCUUCCCGAUGUGAGAUGCUGUGAUGGAGGUCGGAGCGGUGGUGUGUGCGGCGCUGGUACUGUGGACCACCGCUCAGAGCCACACGGGACCGAGGGUCACCGAGAAGGUGUUUUUUGACGUCACAGUAGCGGGUCACGAGGUGGGGAGGAUUGUCAUUGGUCUGUUCGGCGAAGUCGUCCCACUCACCGUCAACAACUUUGUUGCCCUAGCAACCGGAGAGAGCGGGUUUGGCUACAGGGGCAGUAAGUUCCACCGGGUCAUCAAGGACUUCAUGAUCCAGGGAGGAGACUUCACCGCCGGGGACGGGAGUGGAGGACGCAGUAUCUACGGAACGACGUUCCCCGAUGAGAACUUCAGACUGAAACAUCUGGGAGCUGGCUGGGUGAGCAUGGCUAACGCUGGUCCGGACUCCGGCGGCUCCCAGUUCUUCAUCCUGGCGACCCGAGCGCCCUGGCUGGACGGGAAACACGUGGUGUUUGGGAAGGUCCUGGAUGGCAUGCGGAUAAAUGACCCUAAGAAUGUGUCGGCCUGA